AGGGUUUCUUUUGAGGGCCGUACUAAUACGUUUCUCUAAAUUCGUUCAUGUAGGCUUGGCUAACUCCGAAACUUGGUGAAGAAGAAGAGUAGCUCAAGAGAUCUGAUUGAGAAUUACAGAUCCCAAUCGCAUUGAACUGAACAACGCCAUGGUUCUAUUGCUGUUAGAUCCUUUUCUCAAUGAGCUUACUAGCAUGUUCGAGCGAAGCACCGACAUUGGUUCUGUUUGGGUCACCCUUAAACGAUCACCUUUGAAAUCUCAUGUGCAAAAGAAUAAGAUGAAAUCUUCUGGAGAAAUCCUCGAAUUUCGAUGCCUUAUUCGCGCAACAGACGGGAAGAAGACGAUUUCUACUUCGGUUGGGGCGAAGGAUCAUAUGCGCUUUCAAGCUUCAUAUGCCACUAUCCUAAAGGCCCACAUGACAGCUCUAAAGAAGAGGGAGAGAAAAGAAAAGAAAAAAGCCAUGGAGACUGAUAAGAAAGAGGCAGAUCUGAAGAACCCCAGGAAGGUGUAAAGAAAGCCUCUGUAAAGACUAUAAUAGUGCCUUUUGCCUUCGUCUUACACACUAAUCACCCAGAAAAGUAGAUUUUUUUUUUGUUCAAUUGCACAGGGAUUAAAGCUUUCAUGAUUUUGUUAUGCUGGUUGUUUUUUUUUGAUAGUUAUAUUAUUUGAUAUUGAAGCAUUUUGAUGAGAUUUUUGAUAUGAUUUUCAGAAAAAAUCGUUCUAAAGUUUGUCUCUUGUAGAAUUGAAAAACACUGCUUGAUAUUAUUAAAUGAGCUUAUUACUGGUUA